UUUACAGUUUGAAGUAUUUGAAGCGCCGAGAGCGAGCGCCGAGCAGUUUGCUGUAUGUGAAACUUUUUGAUCAGUAAUUGUAGGCAAUGGCAGCUCGUGCUGAGAGAGCCGUACGUUUCCUUGUGUCUGGAAAUGGGCAGCUUGAGAGUUCGGAGCAAACAAUGGAGCAUGUUCGCAAGCUGCGAGUGUUUGCCAGAGAGACUGGUCUCUCAGCAGAUCACAUGCAGCAGUUGAGUACGAUCAUCAGUGCACCUAGAACACGUUCCCUCUUGGCAAAGCCUCUUCUCCAAUGCAUGGUGCCAGCGGAGAAUGUCACUAAGCAAGUCGUCCUUGCUUUUUCUGGGGCGCUCUGCAACGAUUCGUUGUCCCCUGCUGUCAAGAGGGACAUCAUGCAGUGGAUGGUUGCAGUGCACCACUUGUUCGACAACAGCUGCAAUUUGGUGCUGCUUUGCAGGUGUCUUCUAAGGCUUCUUGACACAUCACUGUGUGGUGAUGCGGUAACCUUGAUGCUUCUCCUGGCCUCUGAGAAGACUGCCACGUCGUUCACCAUGUCCACGAUUUACAAAGCAAUGCAGAGAAAGCCUUCCGACGAACUCCUCUAUCUUGCCUAUGUUCUCGAGAGGUGCUGUUUUGAUCCAGGAAGUCGCAAGGUUAUCGAAGACGAGAAAAUGGAUGCCAUUGGCUCAGUGUGGGAAGUACACGUGCAUCAGUUGCAACAGGAGCUGUUUGGAAAAGUCAGGCAUCGCUACCGCUCAAAGGAGCUGGGAAUGAAGUGUACUGGCAUCGACACCAGCAGUAACCAACUCUCAGAAGCCUUAGAGAGGCGUCCCCUCGACUUGAUGAGAGUGCUUUUGAACCCGGAGAUAUUGAUGGCCAUGGCCAGCGAGGAAAAGCAUCGCCAGCUGGCCCACUUUCAGGGCAACUUGCGGAUCACACUCAAUGAUUUGUUCAGGAGUCCAGAAAAUGUUCAAGGAAGGGAGUUCCUCACAUCACUUUCAAGAAUGGUCAGCAUACUGGAGGAGAAUCCGCCUGUGGUAGAUCAGUGGCUUAUGGAGUGUAUGGCGGCAUGGGAUGGUGAUCACUACUGGGAGCAGAUCCUGGCACUUGUAUCCAACUUUUCACUGACCUCGCCCGGUCACUUUCUUUCGUGCAUCUGGGAGCCGCUCAUGCAGCUGUUCUUCUUCCAGAGCCUCGAAAAGCAGGUUAAUAUAUUCCAAUGCCUCACCGAGCUGUGUCGUUUCUGGUGUCUGGUGGAGGUGCCUCGCUCUCAAGGGCACAGGGACUUUGUGUUCGAGAGGACCUACGGGGAGGGAACCGUGAAGGCAUUAACGCACCUUGUAUCGGAGCUUAACCGCAUCGGCAUGGCACUAGUGGAACUUCACCCAGACAGGCUCGUCGAGAUUCUGGUGCCUGUCUUUGAGCUUUACCACAUGAGACUGGAUGUGUUCAGGAAAUCAGGAGUCGCGCUGAUUUGCCUGCCUGAGUGGCAGUUUCUAGUGCUUUCAGUCUUCUCACGCAACAUUCUUCUCAUCGAUGGAGUCAGCAGAAUGUACAUAAGCCUAUUGGAGUUUUUUGAAGAAGUAAGAGAGUGUUUUGAGCGCCCUUGGUUAAAGUCAAUGAUCAGCGAGUUCAACAACCAAGUGACCUGGCUUGGCUUGGCACUCGCUGGUGAUUGGAAGGGCGCAAUUGCUGUUGGCCCGAAGUUGUCACCAAAAGUCUUGGAAGCGGCAGGCGUUCCUCUGAGCGACAGUUACAGUCCCGUGGCGCUGUGGUGGCAACCUGCUGUCAAGGAGGCUGUUUUGACACUUUGUCACACUCAUAACAUCGAGCCCCACGAAAUUUCCAGUAGCGAUGACAUAUGGUUUACCUUUCUCAACAUCUUGGCGGCCAGCCAACCACACACGGCGAAGCUUAUGCGGCAAAUAUCAAACCUGACUGAGCCAUCAAGGGUUUCCACAGCAUUGAAGACAUCCGCAGUCUGAUUUAAUCUCUUCUAGUAUGAAUAUUUAUUGCACAUGGCAAAAAUGUACAAAGAUGAACUUGUCUCCUCGUUAAAUUUUCCAGUUGAUAAUUGGCACUUGUGUGCACGCCUUCUCUU